AAGAGCAAGAAGGGGGUUGUUUCCAGGAAGUGUUCAGCGUGACUCUCACAGAACAGCUUUGCUUUCUUUCUAACAGAACUUGCUUUGCUUGAUUUUUGCGCCGGUCCUGAUUCCGCAUCUCAGUCAGUCAGCAUGGGUGAAGAUGAAGAAAAAUAUGACGGCAUGUUGCUUGUUAUGGCGCAGCAACACGAAGGAGGGGUGCAAGAGUUAGUAAACACAUUUUUCAGCUUCCUCCGCCGCAAAACUGAUUUCUUCACUGGUGGAGAUUCAGGUGCAGCAGAGAAGCUCGUCAAGGAUGCCUUUGCUCACCACAGCAAGCUAGCGCUGAAGGCCCAGAAAGAGAAGCAGAUGAAACAAGAGAAAGAAAAGAGAGAGAAAGCUGAAAGAGCGGCCAAGCUUGCAGAGGAGGAGAAGAAAAAGAAGAAUGACGACGGUCCAAGAAUCCAGGAGCUGACAGACGAGGAAGCAGAGAAGCUUCAGACUGAGCUUGACAAGAAAAAGAAGGAAGAAGAGAAUACAGCAGCAGCAGCAGAGAUGUCAUCUGACAAAGCCGAGAAAGAGAAAGGCUCUGACUCUGAAGGAGAGGAGGAUGAGAAGGACAAAGAUAAACUGAAGCCUAAUUCGGGAAAUGGAGCUGACCUGCCCAACUACAAGUGGACGCAGUCCCUGUCUGAAGUCGAUGUGGCAGUGCCCUUUAGCGUGAACUUCCGCAUUAAGGGCAAAGAUGUGGUGGUGGACAUCCAGCGGCGCUCCAUCAAAGUGGGCCUGAAAGGACAUCCUCCAGUUAUUGAUGGCCAGCUCUACAACGAGGUGAAGGUAGAGGAGAGCUCCUGGCUCAUCGAUGAUGGCAAGGUGGUUACUGUCCACUUGGAAAAGAUUAACAAAAUGGAGUGGUGGAGCAAGAUCGUCACUACAGAUCCUGAAAUUAACACCAAGAAAGUCUGUCCUGAGAACUCAAAGCUGUCAGAUCUGGAUGGAGAGACGCGUGGUAUGGUGGAGAAGAUGAUGUACGACCAAAGGCAAAAAUCAAUGGGCCUACCUACAUCUGAAGAGCAGAAGAAACAAGAUAUUCUUAAAAAGUUCAUGGCUCAGCACCCAGAGAUGGAUUUCUCUAAAGCCAAAUUCAGCUGAGGCUUUCUGUUGUCAGAGGUUUUAGAUUCACGGUUCAUGUAAAUGACACCAGAGCUGACAUCAGGCACCAACCAACUCCCCCUUCAUCUCUCUGCUGGACAUGCUUGUGCUGACGUGCAUGUCUGAAGUGCAUAGAUUCAUGUUUAAAUCCAAGAGUUUGAUAAAUGUAACAGCAGUGUUCUUCCUUUGCAUGUUGUUUCCAUAUUUAAAGAUGUGUCUGGAUUUUUUUUUUUUUUAAUAAAUGGAUUUAAAAUGUAA